CCCAUCUGUCCCUAUUAUAUUCAUAGUAACAUUUAUUGUUUCAUUAACAUUAUACACAUUUCCGGUUCCAUCUGAGGGCAGUUGUUAAACACCAGAUGGAUGCAGCAGGUGAAGAAGGCAGUUCACCUUCACGGGGCAAUCAGGGAUGUGUGCCUCCUGACUUUUUGACCAUAAGAAAAUGAGGAAGAACUUCUUCACUCAGAGGGUGGUAGGUGAGUGCAGUGAACUGCCAACGGAAGUGGCGGAUUUGAGUUUGAUUUCAACACUUAAGAGAAAUUUGGAUAGGUACAUGGAUGGGGAGGAUAUGGAGGGCUAUGGUCUGGGAGCAGGUUGGUAAGACUAAACAGAUUAACAGUUUGGCACAGACUAGAUGGGCUGAAGGGCCUGUUUCUGUGUUCUAUGAACUUAAAACCAUAAAACAUGGGAGUGGUAUUAGAACAUUCGGCCGAUCAACUCUGUUCCUCCAUUCCAGUAUGGCUGAUUUAUUAUCCCUUCCAAUCCCAUUCCCUUGCCUUCUCCCUGUAACUUCUCAACCUCCACUUUAAAAAUUCCCAAUGACUUGGCCUCCAUAGCCGUCUGUGGCAAUGCAUUCCACAGAUUCUCCACCCUCUGGCUAAAGAACUUCCUCCUCAUCUCUGUUGUGAAGGGACCGCGUAGAUGAAAGAUCACAGAACUGGAAAGUUAACUCGCAGUCUUCUUCUCCAUUUAUUAGGUUUAUUUCCAAAACUUUCUUUAUGUGUUAGAUUAGUGAAUCUGCGUUAAACGUCUGUUGCUAUUAAUUUUGCAUAGGAGGAAUAUCAUCCCGGGGACCGUUAGACCGACUUGAUCUAAAGUAAUCCGAUCACAAUAAAGGGGUCUAUUCGAGUUUGUCCACCCCUUUUCCAGAAUUGACUCAACCAGCCUAUUCAACAAUUCUGUCCACGUAACUUUAGCGACAAGUAAGCAGAACUUAAUCUUUCCCCAACCUUGAGACGGGAGUUACUGGCACAACUUGAUAUGUGAUGUCUUGCUUAGAUAGAUGUAAAGGGAGAAAGAAGUCUGCUUAAGCGAAGGGAAGAUUCGGAUCAGUGCAAAAAGCCUUUGAGUGUUCUUUCUGCGAUAUAAUCGCGACAGCAGAAUAGUGUUACUCAUUAGGGAGUCUGACAGAAGCUGAGAUGAGGCUAGUCCCGUUGGUGCUGCUUGCCGCCUGUUUUCCUCAAGUAACUUUAUUUGAAGAGACUCCAGGCUUCAACAUCAAGAAUGUCCGUCUGGGCAAAUGUCUCCAGGCAAACAGUGAGAACAGUCGAGUAUCUCUCACUGAGUGUAAUCAAGAUUCCACACAGCAGCACUGGAGAUGGGAUUCCCAGCUAAACUACAUUGUCAGCAUGAAAACCAACCAAUGUCUGACGGUUCCUAAACCUAAUGAAUUUGGAGCUGUGAAACUGGAGCCCUGUGGUGGUCAACAAGCUCAGGCAUGGAAAUGCAGCAAACGCGGCCAUUUAACUCUGGAGGGCUACAGCUUACAUCUUAAUAUAAAGCACAAGACGAACAAGGUGCAUGUUUCCCAUGAGAAAGGCAAAUUAAACAAGUGGCAUACACUGAAAGAUGAAAUCAUUUGUACAGAGACCAAUCAAGUUUCGCAACGUGAAGGAAAUCAUGUUCAAGUUUCGGAAGCCCAGACAGAAAGUGUUGAAAAUUCAACAAACAUCCCAACAACUAAUUAUACCUCAGAAUCCUUCAAUGCGAUGUUUGAGAACUUCACGUACUCUAACGAAAAUGAUAAAACAGUGACAUUUAGAUACACUGAUGGAGCUACUUGGAAAAUUGUCAUGCUGGUCCUGGGUGGGAUAACGUUGAUUCUAGGAAUACUUGUGCUGAGUCUGAAUAUCCUUCAUGACAAUAAAAAGUUAAAGGCUCAAAUCGUUGCUGACCCAGAUGAGAAAACAUCGUUGACAGCAGGACACAAAUUCCAACAUGGUGCUUCUCGUUCCCCAUCUUUAAGACAUGGAGAAAUACUGAUUGAAUGGAAGGAUGGCAAGAUAACAUCCCUUUUUGAUGAAAACUGAGAUCAUUGUUUGCUUAAUUAGAAUUAGGGAGGGUUGUAUACAUUUGGAUGAAUUUGUCAACCGAUGGUGGAUUAAUGCCUUAAACUACAGAAUCCAUACUGUGUGAAAAUGUAUCCUGCCUAUAUUGUCUGAUUGACAUUGAAGAAUGAGUCUAUUAUUUCACUUCUAUGGUGGGGGAUAGGUUGUGGGAAAAAAUUGAAAUGGGUUAUUAAAGUUUGCGCGACUAUUGACAAUGAUUUUUAACUCUUUAAAAAUAAUCCUUACCGUAUCACAUUGGACAUAUGGUACAUUGCAGCAGAAUUAAGCCAUUUGGCCCAUCGAGUCUGCUCCUAUGUAGAAGGAACAGAGCAGAAAGUAUGAGUCAUUUUGA